CGCCGCGCCCAGCCCCUUGUGGCCGCGCGCUGGAACCAAGCGCCGCCGGCUGAGAGCGCAGUGGCCGCGGACAGAGCGCCCCGCGCCGCCCCCUGCAUGUGCGGCUCCUGGCGGCACGCAGCCCCCGGCAGCCUCGGCAGCUUCAGCAGCUCCAGCGGCGGCGGCUCCGGUGGUGGCGGCAGCGGCUCCGGCGGCUGCAGAGCGGCGGAGCACAGGCUGGGAGACACAAUGCGCCGUGUCCUUCGCUUGCUCCUCGGCUGUUGCCUGACCGAGCUGUGCGCCCGCGUGUGCCGGGCGCAGGAGCGAGCAGGGCAGGGGCAGCUCCACCAGCAGCAGCAGCAACAGCAGCAUCAACACCUGGACAACGUGGUGGUUCUGUCCGGGGGUAACCGCUCGGGAGCCGGGGAGCCUGGGGAAGCCGCCGGAGCUUCCGAGGCGGCCCCAACCAAAGCCCCUACGCCAGACUCCUGCAGAGGCUACUUCGAUGUCAUGGGACAGUGGGACCCUCCGUUUAACUGCAGCUCUGGGGACUUCAUCUUCUGCUGCGGCACUUGUGGCUUUCGGUUUUGCUGCACGUUCAAGAAGAGGCGCCUGAACCAGAGCACCUGCACCAACUACGACACGCCACUCUGGCUCAACACUGGCAAGCCCCCGGCCCGCAAGGACGACCCCCUACAUGACCCAACCAAGGACAAGACUAACCUUAUUGUCUACAUCAUUUGCGGUGUGGCUGUCAUGGUGCUGGUGGGCAUUUUCACCAAGCUGGGGCUAGAGAAGGCUCACCGACCCCAGCGGGAGCACAUGUCCAGGGCUCUUGCUGAUGUUAUGAGACCACAGGGCCACUGUACAACAGACCACAUGGAAAGAGACCUUAACAUUGUCGUUCAUGUCCAGCAUUAUGAAAACAUGGAUACGAGAGCUCCUGUAAAUAAUUUACAUGCCACCCAGCUGAACAAUGCGGUGCCAACCUCCCCUCUCCUCCCACAGAUGUCUCACCCCCAUUCCUAUCCCAGCUUGGGGCAAAUCUCCAAUCCAUAUGAACAGCAGCCUCCUGGCAAGGAAUUGAACAAAUAUGCCUCCUUAAAAGCUGUGGGAAGUUGUGAUGGUGACUGGGCAGUAGCAACACUUAAGUCACCCAAAGCUGACAAGGUCAAUGACGACUUCUACUCUAAACGACGACACCUGGCUGAACUGGCAGCCAAGGGGAGCCUACCGCUUCAUCCUGUGCGGGUGGAGGAGGAUCCACCGAGGGCUUUCAGUCCUGAGCAUGGCCCUGCCAAGCAGAAUGGACAGAAGUCCCGGGUCAACAAACUCCACACACAUCCCUUGGCUUACAACUCUACCACCAACUUCAAGAGCUGGGACCCCAAUGAACCGUCCCUCCGGCGUCAGGCCUAUGGCAACAAGGGAAAGCUUGGUACAGCAGAGCCGACCUCCAGCGAGCCCCUGGCAACGAGGAGCCAGCACUUCAUGCCCCCACAGCCAUAUUUCAUCACCAACAGCAAAACGGAGGUGACUGUCUGAGAUUGGCAUUAGAGGGAGUGUCCUGGAGAGUACACUCAACUGAGAGAGGCAAAAAAGCAACACUUAAAGAACCACUCCCCUCCCACCUUCCCCCAUGCACCCUCACACACAACACUUACAAUCAAAACUGACAACCCACUAACCAAUGACUUGGAAACUCACUUCUCCUGGGUUACAACUGGCAUGCGGUCAAUAAGCAGCUGAGGAAAACCAAGACAGGGGCAUUUAGCAAUAUAUCAAAAGAGAAAUUGAGAAACUCCAUGUGGAUUUCACAACCUAGACAGUGGUAAACUCAUAAGUCCAACCCGUGUGGCAUUUUAUUUUCCUCUUUUUUUUAACUUGAAAUUGGAAUUCUUGAUGAGAAGUAGCACAAUCCAGACUUUCCAUCUAUAACCAUUUGCUACAAGCUAUCUGAUCCUGCUUGUGAGAGCAAAAGAGAGAGCACAGAGAGAUAGAGAGAGAGAGAGAGAGAGAGAGAGAGAGAGAGAGAGAGAGAGAGAGAGAGCGCGAGCAAGCACAGGAGCACUGUCACAUGAGGCAGACGAAAAAGUAGAUGAACAUGAAUUGUUUUGGCCAGGAAUUUUAUAUCAAGGAUCUGAGUUGUUGGUCAAUCCUAAUAACUGAUGAUCAGGACACACGGACCUGUGACAAGCCCAGGGCAAAGGAACUCAGCCCCAGCCCUCACGCUUACUAUACUUUCAUAUCAUCACUGUUGGAAGCAAAAAAUAAACAGACCCUGAACCCACCAAUUGCUAAUGAAAAGGAAAAGAAAAAGAGACUAUUUCCUGUGAUAUCCAUAAAAACUGUUGCAACUCAAGGAAAAGGGUGAACUGUUGGGCAGGGCGGGGGGGGGGUCAGUGGUUUAGAGAGUACUCAACCCUUUUUUUUUUAAAUCUCUCUAUAAAACUACAAAGAAAAACAUCUACCUUUUCCUUUCACAAUCUCCAAAGUAAGAAAGACGUUUGACACUUAAAAACAAACAAAUAGCAAACCUCUCAAUGAAAGGACAGGUUUGCAGGAGGGGGCAAAGGGGAGUAGCUGCCACUCCACCGUGGGUUUGUGCCCCCCACCUUUGAAAAGGCUGUCUUCUCCCAAGAACAGAAUCGAGUCUCACUUAACUGUCUGUUUCUGACUUCCCUUCACCUUAAGCGUGCUGCUGAACUCCAACUGCUUUGGACUGAAAAUGACUUAAGCGUGGGUGGUGCCUUCAAUGUGUCACUGGUGUUCAAUGACAGUCUUGUUUUCCAAGUGCAACUUGUGUUCCUUUAGGCUUAUUUCCUUCUGUUUUACUUAAGUAGUAGAAGUUGUUUUCAUACCUCCUUUUGUUAACAAGUCCUGUUCCAUCCUUUCCCUUUCCCUGUCACUGCCCCCCCCCCCCCCCCGCAAUCCACCAAGUGGCUGCAAUGCUAGGGGUGUGUAGGUAAGAAGACAGCCUCUCCAUUGUUCCCCACCCAACAACCCUCAAGCCCUAUUUGCUUUUACUCAUUCUCUUCUCAGCUAUUCUGGGCCACACUUUGCUCAGUGGGAAUUCCCAAACUUGUUCGUCAGAAUUGACUUUCAAGCCUAACACCUCCGUAGACCAAUGAUAUGUUAGAAGACACAUGGAUCUCUUGCAUUGUUCUACUUGGCCCUGUUUUGAGAGAGAGAGAGUGAGCAAAAGAGAAAAGGAAAAAUUGAGAAGAGGUGGUUUCCCACCCAAAUCACUU